CGAAGAAUGGGUCAAACGAGCAGCUCGCCUCCGUCCAAUCACCCUCCCCUUCUCUCCAUCUCCCUCUAAAUCCUAAUUUAAGCCUCUCGCUUUUCUCUCUCCCCGCCGAAUGAGAAAGCUCGCUGCAGCAGUUCUUCCCUCUUUAGCCAAAUUCUCCCGUUAGUUUUGUUCCUGCAGGGCUGCACAUUGCAAGGUGAGGGAAUUCCUUUUGACCUGCUUUGGCUGUGUUUCUUGGUGUCUCCUGCUGUGGAUGUGGUGAGGUUGAUAUGUCUUCUGCCGUUGGAGAUCUUCCCGGUUCGAGGGACAUGGGUUUGGACCAGAAGCGUGGGAAGGCUGAGCAAAAUGGGAUUUUGACGGUAAGGGAGGGCGAAAGGGAAAGUAAGUCAGAGCAUGGGCGUCCCGGUGGGGAGGGGGGGGAGGGCCUCGACAGGCGGAUGAGCGAGAUCUCUCUCCACGCCACCGAGGAGGAGGAGGAGGAGGAGGACGACGAGGAGGAGGAUGGAAAAGGCGCCAAAGGGCUUGAUCUGGGGCCUCAGGUCAGCAUCAAAGACCAGUUGGAGAAAGACAAGGAUGAUGAGAGCCUCAGGAAGUGGAAGGAACAGCUUCUGGGAAGCGUGGAUUUGAAUUCUGUGGGCGAAAAUUUAGAGCCCGAGGUUACGAUUCUGUGCCUUUCGAUCAUCUCUCCCGGAAGAGCUGACAUAGUCCUCCCGCUUCCUAUGGUUCCAAACUCCAAGGGUGUGUGGUUUACUCUAAAGGAAGGCAGCCCUUACAAAUUGAAAUUUUCCUUCUCCGUCAGCAACAACAUUGUCUCUGGUCUGAGAUACAUCAACACAGUAUGGAAGACUGGCGUCAAAAUGGAUCGAACAAAAGAAAUGCUAGGUACCUUCAGUCCUCAGCUUGAGCCUUACACAUAUGAGACACCAGAAGAGACCACUCCAUCUGGUCUAUUUGCAAGAGGAUCAUAUUCUGCAAGAACUAUGUUUGUUGAUGAUGAUGGCAAGUGUUACUUGGAGAUCAAUUACACCUUUGACAUCCGUAAAGAAUGGGCACCAACGGACUGAUAGUGUCCAUCUAGAGAAGUCUUAAUUCUGCGCCUACAAAUUCUUCAGAAGUUUCAGUAAGCUCUAACAAAAGGACGGACGGACUAAUAUCUGUAUCUGUGACAUCAACUAGUGUGCUUAGUUUUUCCGAUGUUUAUCCUGUUUUGUUCUGAGAUGUAUCAUUGUGACAUCAACAGCGUAGCAAGUGGCGGACAACUGACCAAGACUAUCCAAUCUGCUGAUCCAUAUGAACUAGUUUUCCAUGUGUCAGAAAUCUUUUAUUUUUUUGUGAUGUAUUUCAUAACAUUUAUGUUUGUUCGUGUUUCUGUCAGUUAUUCAACCUUUUUGUUACUGAUUCA